UGAUAAAAUGGUAAACAGGCAGUGCUAUUGAUAAUAAAUGAAUCGAGGAGUAACUUUCUUCCCAUAUUUGUGUUAACCACUUGCCAUUAUCACAUCCAUUCAUUUGUUGCUUUCAUGUUCACGAACGAUAAAUUUGGUACAGUUCGGCUCAAACAAAGUUUACCAUUUAUUCGAGACUUUUAUUUCUGUGAGAAGUAAAUUUCAAUUUGAAGUUUUUACUUUGUUAUUGCAAGUGUUUGAAUAAGUUUUCUUUUUCAAUUUGAACAAAAUAUGGCUAUGAUUUUACGGACUAGAUUCAGAAAAUACGUAAGAAGUGUAAGGGCAGCUAUGUUCAUGGGAGCAGUAUUAGUGUAUUUUUUCUCUGCUAGUAGCAGUCAAAAACUACAAACAGAUAUUAAGGAUGAGUCACUUACAUUUACAAGUCGUCAUUUACUGGCGACGAAGAGUAAUGCAAGUUGCAUCCCACCGGCUGUAGACGAUUUUCCUAGCGACGGGUUUACGAGGGCGGAUAGAAGACAAGGUUGGAUUGCACUACACAUCAUCGGUUCUUUUUACUGCUUCAUGUUGCUUGCUUCUGUCUGUGACGAUUUUUUCGUUCCUUCUGUUAAAAAAUUGUGUCGAAAGCUUCGUCUAUCUGACGACGUUGCUGGAGCCACAUUUAUGGCGAUUGCUAGCUCCAGUCCUGAGCUUUUCAUCAAUUCUGUAGGAACAUUUGUCACUGAGGGAGACAUUGGCCUUGGAACUAUAGUAGGAUCAGCCGUUUUCAACCUCCUUUUUGUGCCAGCAUGCUGUGGUCUUAUAGCAAACUCGGUUCUCCAAUUAGAGCUGUGGCCAAUAACGCGAGACAGCCUAAUGUAUGCAGUAUCAGUUAUUGCACUAUUUUUAGCUCUUCGAGAUGGAAAAAUUGAUUUUUAUGAAGCUACAGUAUUAUUAUCAGCAUAUUUUAUAUAUAUUUUAGUGAUGGUUUUUAAUAUUCCUAUAAUUAACAGUUUUACACGUUUAAGCAGAGUAUUUCGAAGAAAGAAGAAAUAUGUGGAAAUCGCUAACGAAACACAUCCUUUGUUGUGGGUGAAUGGGAAGGUAAGUGUCUCUUCAUCCCCUGAAAGAGACCCCUCGACGGAAUCUGAUAUCACCUUAAAGGACUGCGAAGAUUUGGAGGAAUCUACAAAGAUUUGGAGUUGGCCUAGCAAUUACUCAGUUAUGGGACAAAUAUGGUGGGUCGUCACAUGGCCUGUUAUUCUUUUAUUGGGUAUUUCAGUGCCUGAUUGCCGAAAACAUCCCCGCGUCUAUGCCAUUACUUUUUUUAUGUGCGUUGUCUGGAUAGGGACGGCAUCAUAUACAGCAGCGUGGUUAAUAACUGUCAUUGGUGACACUUUAAGUAUUCCCGAUUCUGUUAUGGGAUUAACGUUUUUAGCAGCGGGUACGAGCGUCCCGGAAGCUGUAGCUAGCGUUAUUGUUGUUAACCAGGGGUAUGGUGCCAUGGGGCUAAGCAGCGUGAUUGGAUCAAAUACGUUCGAUAUUUUGGUUUGUUUGGGACUCCCUUGGAUGAUCAAAACUUGGCAAAAAUCGACAACUGGUGCAAAAAACUACAUUAAGAUUAGGUCUUCUGGUUUGCCCUAUACUGUUAUAUCACUACUCUCAACGCUGGUACUUCUUUAUUUUACAUUAGUGGUGAACAAGUUAAGACUAGAUUGGAAGUGUGGAGUGGUUUUCCUAUUCUUGUACUUAAUUUUCCUAGUUUUCGCCUGUUUGUUGGAAUUGAACGUAUUCUUCGACGUAAAUCUUCCAACGUGUGCACAUUGAUUAUUAUUUUAUUUUUUGUACACAUUUAUAUAAUUUAAUCUUUUAGUGUUUAUUUAAGACUGUAAAUAUUUAUUGUUAUAUAAUAUUACGAAAUAUUGUUUAAAGAAACUGCCAUACAUUUGAUGAAACCAAUAAUAAAAAUAACAGUUUAA